AUGUCCUCUCAGCAUCAAAAAUCAAAAAUUUCUUGUAUAAUAUAUCUUGAACCUUCGUCAACCUCCAGAUUUUAUCAAAGUAUCGCCAACUUCUAUGAUCAAACGUUGAAAUUAUUCGGUCCAAAUGAAGCGCUCAAAUAUCAUCCACACGUUUCAAUGACAGGAUUCUUCAAUUUAUACGAUGGUCCCGACAAAUCAUCUCAUGAAAAACUUGAUAAAAUAAUUAAAUUUAUCAAUAGCUUUCUCGAAUCACAUAAGGGUCAAAUUACUCAUCCCAAAAUUGAAGGGAUUAUUCGCUCAAGAGCAGUUUUAAUUUCUAUAAAUGUUUGCCAAGCAUUACAUGAAUUAGUAGGACAGAUUUCAUUAUUCGAUAUUGAUGACGAAACUAUCAGUAUUAAUAAUCAUAAUACUAAAAUUUUGAUUCGUCCGAAGAGAAUCGAUCAUAUCUCUCUGGCUUAUUGCAGUCAUACAUACCCUGAAGGUCAAGAUAUAUUGACUGAAGAUGUACUGGCGAAAAUUGAGGCGAUGGCACACAAAAUGAUUGAUUUCAGUGAUAUGGAGGGAGGGCGGGGAAACUGGGACUUGGUGGUUUACGAAAAAACAAUACACGGCAGCAGGUUAGAAGAUAAACAUAUUUUCAGAGAAAUCGGAAGAUGGAAUAUUGUUUAA